AUGUAUACCAAUUCUGUGACGCAGAAUGUAGCUGUUCCAAGUGGCCAGCAGAUUUCAGCCUGCGAGCUUGAUUGUGAGGCAGUAAAGAAUUUUCUUCAAACAAAAGACCCCCGGAUAUUGGCCUUCUACGAGGAGCACGGGACUUUGACUGAGAAAUGGCGACGAGUAUUGGUGACAACCACGAUCAGCUACCUGGUUGAGAAAAAGGGAUUUUACCCCAACAGUGCUGACAAACAAUUACUUGCAAGAGCCAUCGUUACACUGUUUCCAGCGCUACAAAUAAAAAUGGAAGAGGAAAACGAAGGAUAUGAACAUUUCUACGAUCCUGUAAGCCACUCUGGCUUUCUGGAAGACAAACUAAGAAAUAUCCGGCGGAGUCUGAGGGAUGACCAGCGGCGUUACCGCAGACGGGGAGGAUCAUCUGAAGUCUUGGUUAGACUGGAGGAAGUUGUGGAAAGCGAUGAGUCUGUGAAAGAAUGGAUCACUGUAAUUAAGAGGAUGAAGCCUACUCCCGAAAAUCGGUCAUCGAUAAAGAUGGGAAUGGACAAAACCUACACACACCGAAGAUACUGGAUUUCUAGUCAAUCACCCACUCUGGCAGAGAUUGUGGAACACUACCCACGCUUCAUCGACAUGCCCUAUCUGAUUGACAGCGAGUUCGCGAGGAUGUUUCCAGACAAAGCAGAUGCCUUCCUCCGCAAAUGGGAACCCACCAUCGUCCCAAAGCUUCUGAAACUCGCGUGCCUUGAGAAGAAAGAAGACUACACAGAGGAUGAGAGUGCUGAAUCAAGUAGCUUCAGAGCCCUCAGGAUGCUCGUCCAGUAUCUCCCCCCUACUGCAUCAGGACGGAGUAAAGGGUGGACCAAAUGCAGUGUAAAGGCGGCAAUGGCCUACAUGUUGGAGAUAAAGCCAAUGGGAACCAGCAUCACGUCACUUCUUCAAACCAGUGGCACGGUCUGUGAUUCGUCAAAUCAACAAACCAUCAAUCAACCACGCUUGGUGAGCCUGGGAUACCCCAACACAGGAGCCCAAUAUGUCAUAGUGGCCUCAAACGAUGCUGUGGCAAUUCCUCUUCAAGACGAAAGUCUAGCUUGCUGCCUAGAUAAACUUUUUAAAAAACUGUAUUGGAUCUGCAAUCUUGCCUAUCCAAUUCAGCUGGCGUCAGUGUUUGGAUUCAUGGAGCACGUGUAUGGCUUGCAAAUAUCUGGUGGGAAGAGAGCCAAAAUUGUGGAGCUUGUUGCCAAGCUUCAGGUGCUUUAA